CCAGAUUAUUUUUAUAUAGAUACCAAAACCGAUUGAGAUUCCAAGUUGAACGAGUAAAACAACUAAUUGGGUAAAACUUUACUCGUCAGUUAGCGCAAAGACUCCUAUAAAUCGGUGUGGACUGCAGUUGUCAAAACUCAACAAAAACUCAUAAUCAUAAGAAAAGAAAAAGAGAAAAGAUGACAAACAACUCGACUACUCUGUCUCUUCUUCUUCUCCUUCUGUCGAUGGCGGCCCUUUUGAUUCUGAACCCACCAACCACAGUAAUUGCAGAAAAACAUGUUCCGGUUGAAGCAGAAUCCAAACCCACUACGAAAAAACCCGAACCAUUCAACGCCAUGAACGAAUUCUGCAACCAAAAAGCAAACAAAAGAGACAGAGAGUUCUGCAACAGAGUCCUGAAAUCGGAUCCUAGAAGCGCAUCAGCGAAAGACAAUGUGGGCCUUCUUCUGAUUUCGGUUGAUUUAGCAAUCGGGAAGACCAACAAAACCAGGGAAUACUAUAUCUACAGUUGGGCCAAGCUGAUUCAUCACAAGAAGCCGUCCAAUUCAGAGGCCUUAAUAUCGGCCCUUAAGGACUGUGUCCAUGCCUAUGAAUGGGGGAUUGGGGAACUGAAGAUAAUUCCGGCGGAGUUAAAGGAUGAUCCUCCGACGGCAAGCUACGAUGCGCUGAUGGCCCAUGAUGCUUUACAGACUUGUGAUGAUUCUUUGAGUAAGAACAAGAUUUCCAAUUACCCUGUUUUAAUACGGCACAGGAGUUCUGCCAGAUAUGUUCAGCUCUGUGUUGAUAUUUCAAUGACUGUCGGCUGAGAGAAUUAAAACGUUCUUCUUUCCUUUUUUUUUUUAAUUUUUUGUUUUUGUGUACCAUGAAAUAAUGAACACAUAUUUCUUGCUAUUAUAAUUUUAUAAAAAAAAUUGAUUGCUGUACUAGUAGUUUUCUCUGAUUAUUGCUAUAUUGAUUAUCAAAAAACUACUUUGUAUCAUGAUGGGUGUGAGUCCUUCUCGUUUUAGUUUGGUUAAAAGUGCUCCAUUAAGUAAGUAAAUGUUGCUAAUAAUAAUUAACCUCAUGUUUCACAUGCC